CGCCCGUGUUUAGUUUAGCACGCACGACCAGAACUGGGCCGGUUGGUUGGUCGCGCUCGGUUUUGAAUCGUGGUCGUUCCCUGACGCGGAACAAUAGCCAGAGGCGGAGCAACGAGCCGCUGCUCCACGGUAUCACAAACACGAAGACGUGGAGAGCGAGCGAGUGCGAGAGGGAGAAGGAGAGAAGCUUCCGAUUUCCUCCAUAUAGAUACUCUAGAUCCAUUUUCAUCCAUCAAAUCGCCCUAGCCGCCGUUGCUGCACCUGCCCGCUCUGCUCUGCUCGGCUACCAAGGGUUUUGCGAGACCAUGGCGAGGAAGAUGCUCAAGGACGGGGAGGUGGCCGUGGCCGACGGCGGCGGCGGCGAGAGCUACGAGUAUGACCUGUUCGUCAUCGGCGCCGGGAGCGGCGGCGUCCGCGGCUCGCGCACCUCCGCGGGUUUCGGGGCCAAGGUUGCGAUUUGCGAGCUCCCAUUCCACCCCAUUAGCUCGGAGUGGCAGGGAGGGCAUGGUGGCACAUGUGUGAUCCGUGGUUGCGUCCCUAAGAAGAUACUGGUCUACGGGGCAGCGUUCCGUGGAGAAUUUGAGGAUGCAAAGAAUUUUGGGUGGGAAAUCAAUGGGGACAUAAACUAUAAUUGGAAAAAGUUGCUGGAGAAUAAGACUCAAGAAAUUGUCAGACUAAAUGGAGUAUACAAGAGAAUCCUUGGCAAUUCUGGUGUGACGAUGAUCGAAGGGGCAGGCAGUGUAGUUGAUGCUCAUACGGUUGAAGUAACCCAACCAGAUGGUUCAAAGCAAAGGCACACGGCAAAACACAUAUUGAUUGCAACUGGUAGCCGAGCUCAUCUGGUCGACAUUCCUGGAAAGGAGUUGGCUAUUACCUCAGAUGAGGCUUUAAGUUUAGAGGAGCUACCAAAACGUGCUGUAAUUCUUGGUGGCGGAUAUAUUGCUGUCGAAUUUGCUUCUAUCUGGAAAGGGUUGGGUGCUGAAGUAGACUUGUUUUAUAGAAAAGAACUUCCUCUAAGAGGUUUCGAUGAUGAGAUGAGAACAGUUGUUGCAAGUAACCUUGAGGGAAGGGGAAUCAGAUUGCAUCCUGCGACAAAUUUAACUGAGUUGAGUAAAACAGCCGAUGGCAUUAAAGUCGUGACAGAUAAAGGAGAUGAGCUCAUGGCAGAUGUUGUUCUGUUUGCUACAGGUCGCACACCGAACACUAAUAAGUUGAACUUGGAAGCUGUUGGUGUUGAAGUUGAUCAAAUAGGAGCCAUCAAGGUGGAUGAAUUCUCCCAUACAUCAGUUCCCAGUAUAUGGGCUGUGGGUGAUGUAACAAAUCGGAUUAACCUGACACCUGUUGCACUGAUGGAGGCUACUUGCUUUGCUAAAACUGUGUUUGGUGGUCAGCCAGUUAAGCCUGAUUACAGAGAUGUACCUUGUGCGGUUUUCUCAAUUCCACCUCUAUCUGUCGUGGGUCUCAGCGAACAAGAGGCUUUGGAGGAAGCGAAGAAUGAUAUUCUUGUUUACACAUCAAGUUUCAAUCCAAUGAAAAACAGCAUAUCCAAACGGCAGGAGAAGUCUAUCAUGAAACUGGUAGUUGAUUCUGAGACCGAUAGAGUACUCGGUGCAGCCAUGUGCGGACCAGAUGCAGCUGAAAUCAUGCAGGGCAUUGCUGUCGCGCUCAAGUCGGGAGCUACCAAAGCAACCUUUGAUAGCACUGUUGGCAUCCACCCUUCUGCCGCAGAAGAGUUUGUGACUAUGCGGACCUUGACCAGGCGUGUGAGUCCAGCAUCUAAGCUGAAGACAAACUUGUAAGCAAGAUACGCAAUAAGUUGGACCAAAAAUAUACAUCUGUUUGGUUUGCUGUGGCUGUAUACUCAGGCUCUUGAUUUCAGUCUGGUAGCUCUACGUUUGGCACUUGAACCUGAAAGGGUAAAAAUGUCAACACUGUAUUUUGAUAGGAAUAAGAUUUCUGUGUAACAGUCUGUACAGAAAUCGUGAGAUUUUAAUGGUAUUCAAUCCAAUAACCAAAUAAGCUCUUGAAACAUUUCUCCA